CAUUGUCCAAUUUACAAUCAACAUACACUUAUUCUGAAAUUAGAAAUUUUUACGCUUGGUUUCAGGUGGCCACAUCCACUCCAUAAGCUUGUUCAGAAACCACUGUUUGAUGCUUUUUACAAUUAUGUUCAAAAAAUAUGGAAGAAAAGACUAUUUAUAAUUUCUAGUUUUACAUUUUAGUUUUCACUAAAAGCCGAAUACUUUAUUUCAUUGACGAUAUUGGAGUGCUGCAGCUCUCGAUUUUCACUCCGAAGAAACAGGAAAUGAUCGCACAGCGACCGAAGAGGCGGCCUUAUCAAAGACGACCAAUCCGAGGACAAAAUCGAAUCAUCCUCAAAUCAAAUCCAAUCAAAUCAUCCUCAAUCAAGCCAUCCAUUAGUGCACACAAGGCGGAAAGAGUUUAAAAAAAACGAUAGGCGGAUGAUGAUAGGCGAAAUUAUAUCUUUCAAUGUAUUUACCUCCGUAUAGAAAGUAUAGAAAAUUUUUGUUGGAUUUCUUUUCUACCAAUAAGUCACGUUUACAAAUUUGAAAUUAAAAAAAAUUAAUUAAUGACUAUAAUCAAAUAGACAUUAAUUAAUACUAUUGUUAAACAAUUCUUAGUUAUCAGUUCUAUUUGUAGAAAGUUAUUGUUGAAUAAAUUUAGUUCUUAUAGCAUCAAAAAAAUUUAAAGAUGAAACUUUGUGCUUUUUAUAUAUUUAUCAUUAUUCAAAGAGUAAAACUUGAAAAAAUAUUAACGUUUUCAUACGAUAAGCCAACAAAUUUUUUUCGGAUAAAUUCUAGAUACAUCAAUAGUGAAAUGAGCAAAGAAGAAAAGAAAGAUGUUGUGCAUAUGCACAAUCUUUUUAGAAGUUUGAUUGAACCACCAGCGUCUGAUAUGAAAUUCUUAGAAUGGGAUGAGGACUUGGAAAGACUGGCUAAGUCAUGGGUAUCAAACUGUUCUCUUGAUUACGGAAUACCGAAGCAUAUACCAAAAAGUAUAAGAGAUAGAAUUGGGCAAAAUAUUUAUAAAGGAAAACGUUAUAAUGUUUCUAAAAUCUUGUCCAUAUGGUUUGCGGAAAAAGAAUAUUUUCGUACUAGAGUAAAUAGAUGCAUAAAAAUUAACGGUUGCUCAAGAUAUCAAGUGUUAGCUUACUCUCGAGCAAAAGAAAUCGGUUGUGCAAGAAAUGACUGCAGAAAAACUCAUUUUUUCGUUUGUUUUUACUAUCCAAAAAGGGAUUUAUUAGAACGAACUUAUCAAAUCGGUAAACCUUGUUCUGGUUGCGAUAGGAGCGAUGGCGGAUUUUGCCACAAAAAUCUUUGCAUAAGUAAACCUCAUUGCACGGUAUUAAAUAUUACAUGCGGUUGUCCAUUGACAUGUUUAAAUUGUGGAAUUUUACAUAAGAAUAAUUGUACUUGCACUUGUAAAAAUGGUUGGGAUACAUUGGAUUGUUCAGGUAACGUUGUUUUUUCCUGUAACAAUAAGAAAUUUGCGUGUGGAAGAUCCGAAGAAUUUCGCGAUAAAAGAUAUUGUUCUCGAGACGAUCAAAAAGUAGGAAAAGUUUACUGUAGAAAAAUGUGUGAAAAAUGUAAGAUCGUUGAUUAUAAUGAUUUAUCAAAUUCAUGCUGUGAAGGUAAAAUCUGUGAAAAUGGAUAUGUUCUAAACACAACAGGAAAUGCUUGUAACUGUUAUUUACUUUGUCCUGGACCGUAUUGUGUCAAACUGCGCCCUUCUUAUAGUGCCACUCCGUUUACUUGAGAACGGAAUUUCUGCUACUAUGAAGUACUAAAUUGGCAUUGCAAAAGACAUUUCUCUCACCAAAUCGCGUGACUUUUCAAACUUCUGUGUAGAAACUCAUUGUUUUAUGUAAUUCUUAUUGUUCGAGGCCUUUCGACUUAGCGCCAAUUUCAGAGAAGCGCUAUAUCGAGGUUUAAAAUUCCAUUUAAAAGUCGGGGUUCGUCUUAAAUUCAUAGUGGUACGUUAUUAAAUUGCUUUAACUUAGCAAAAGUUCUAGCGCUAAUUCUUCAGCACGAAAAAGUAUGCAUUAAAUAUCUAUUUUCAUACUUCACGAAUAUCUUACAAUUGAAAAGUUGCCUGAUUCGAUUACGGAUAAUCGAGUUUGCUGUUGUUUUAGUCCAUUCGGACGGCAUUUAAAAUAUAUUUUAAA